GGCACCGUGGAAAAGAGACGUUUUCCAGGCAGUUUCACCUCAUUUCGGGAGGAAAAUUUCCGCUCUGCUCACUGCAGACGACGCAGUCGCUGCCCCUGUUUUCCUGAUCAGACGGUCGGUGGAUCAGAUCGGAAACCUUACUGUUGCUAUUGUAGAUACAUUUUUUUGUUUUAUUACUGUUAUUUUUUUGGAGCCCGGACACCGAGCGAGCUUUCUCCAUCAGCUGCAGAGCAGAGAGAGAGCUUCAGAUCCGCCCAGCAGAGAUGGCGAAGGCAGACCAGCGUUUUGGCCAGCGGGAUGGCUCAGACCAGAACUUUGACUACAUGUUCAAGCUGCUGAUUAUUGGUAACAGCAGCGUUGGGAAAACCUCCUUCCUGUUCCGCUAUGCCGACGACUCCUUCAGCAACUCCUUCGUCAGCACCGUGGGCAUUGAUUUCAAGGUGAAGACGGUGUAUCGCAAUGACAAGAGGAUCAAGCUGCAGAUCUGGGACACGGCAGGUCAGGAGCGAUACCGCACCAUCACCACGGCCUACUACCGUGGCGCCAUGGGCUUCAUCCUCAUGUAUGACAUCACCAACGAGGAGUCCUUCAACGCCGUCCAAGACUGGGCCACUCAGAUUAAGACGUACUCAUGGGAUAACGCUCAGGUGAUCAUGGUGGGCAACAAGUGUGACAUGGACGAGGAGAGAGUCGUACCUCCGGAGAAAGGAAAACACCUCGCCGACCAGUUAGGCUUCGAGUACUACGAGGCGAGUGCUAAGGAGAACAUCAACGUGCGGCAGGUCUUCGAGCGUCUGGUGGACAUCAUCUGUGUGAAGAUGUCAGAGCGUGUGGACGUGGAGGUGCCGACGGCUCCCGGCUCCAAGACCACCAGACUGACCGACAAGCCCGCCCAGCUACCUCAGAAGUGCUGCUGA